GGCACGCUGUGAGAUUUACUGCAGGGAGAACAGAGGCUGUCUGACAGCUCCUUACUGAACUGGACCAAUAACAGCUGAAAAAAUGGUUGAUGCUUUCUGUGCUACAUGGAAACUGGUCGACAGCCAGAACUUUGAUGACUACAUGAAGGCACUUGGUGUCGGUUUUGCCACAAGACAAGUGGGCAAUGUCACCAAACCAACAGUAGCGAUCAGCCAGGAUGGAGACAAAGUGGUGGUGAAAACCCUGAGCACCUUCAGGAACACCGAGAUCUCCUCCAAACUGGGAGAGGAGUUUGACGAGACCACGCCUGAUGACCGGCAUGUUAAAUCUACCUUCUCCAUGGAGGGAGACAAAUUUGUGCAAGUGCAGAAGUGGGAUGGCAAGGAGACCAAAUUUGUCAGAGAAAUCAAGGAUGGAAAGAUGGUGAUGACUUUGACUUUUGAGGGAGUCCAAGCAGUCCGCACAUAUGAGAAAGCCUAACUCUACCAUCCACUUGAAAGAGCAAAUAAUUCCUGCACUGCAAAAAAGGUGUUAACCUUUUUUUUAUUUUUAAAACAAAAAAAAAUGUUUUUACAGUAUGCAGUGAUUUGCACUUGAUUUGUUGCUGUAAUAUGAGAUAAAUAUUUUGUAAAAUCUUUUGUAAGAAAUUCAGACUGUGACUGACAUUCGGUGUAUCACGUGAAAAAGGGAAAAAUAAAGUGCUUUACUGAACUUU